UUAUCCAGUAAUGACAUUCCUCUAUAUAAACUAAACUGGAAUGGUUUUUCACUCAUUUGCUUUCUAGCAAAGCUAAAAGAAGAUCGGACUCAUAUCAUGAAGAAUACCUAUGAUUGAGCUUAUGACAUUGUUUUAACUCUAGCAAUCUGAAAGAUUGCCUCCUUUCAACAGUGAACAACAGCUUCUAAAUGGUUUCAGGACAUAUGACAUAGGCACAAAAUUCGACAAACGUUUUCUUUCUAUUUCUUACAUCUUUUGUGGUAAAUGGUUCAUGAUCUUGAAGCACAGCUGUAUAAUACUGGCAUGCAUUAAAAAAACGUGGCAAAUUGUGUGUAAACGUGCAAUUUGAAAAAUAUAGAAAGGAAAUUGUACAAGAACAUAAAUGGCUUAUGGAAAUUUUGCGCAAACACAACUGCUGAAGUACGGUUGGACAGAAGGGAAAGGACUCGGUAAAAAUGAAAACGGUCUUACGGAAGCCUUAAAACCAACGUUAAAAUUCGAUAAAGCAGGAAUAGGAUUUAAUGAAACCAAUUCGGAGCAGUGGUGGGAAACAUUGUAUGAUAAAGCUGUCAAAAAUAUCAAGGUCGAUGUGUGUAACAACAAAGUUUGUUUAUCUACAAUUAACGAUUUGAAUAUGAGUGACGACUGGAAUAUUGUUUCUUCUAACAAAAGCAAAAUGAAACAAUUGAAAUAUGGAAACUUUCUGAAAAGUUCUACUCUUCACAAUGGUCAUUUGAUAUCUGUACAAGAUAUCUCUAUGGAAAAAGAAGAAAAGGACUGCAAAAAUUCUGUAUAUAGUCCAACGACUAACAAACUAGAUAAAAUACAUGAUACUAGAACAAUGGCAACACAUGCUAUCACAUCUUUGGGUUACUCAAAAUGUAUCGAGACAUUUGAGCAACAGAAACCUAAAUUAUUUGUGGAUGUUAUAACUAACAGUCAAUCUCAAUCAGAUGAAAGUCUAGUUAAAGAAAAUAUUAUGAUUCAUAGGGAAACAAAAAUAGAAUUAGAUACAGAGGAGAGUGAGGAUCCAGACAAUAAUCAGGAAAUAAUUACUGGUCAAAACAUAUCCCAAUAUGAAAAUUUGAUUUUUAAAUCCAAGAAAAAGAGAAAAAAUGAUAGACGAAGAUUAAAUCAAUUGACACAGCAAUUUAGUAUUUGCAGUCUGAAGAAAAAUUAUACAGAUUCAAAGUAUAUCUCUCCACAUAACAAAAAAUUAACAAGAUUUAAAGAAGAAAAAGAUUGCAAGUCACAAUUAAAUGUAAAAUCUGGAAAGUGUAGCAAAAGAAAAAAGAAAAAUAGGCAAAAGAAAAGAUUUGAGGAAAAUAUUCCAUAUGUGACACAUGAAACAGCAUCAGAUUAUGACAUACCAAAUGAGCUGAAGACUAAAAUAAAGAAUCCAUAUUUUAUAAAGUCAAAAAAAUUAAAUAUAAAUCCAGUUAUCUCAUAUUCAAAUAGUUCAAAGAAUAAAACUAAUAAAGAUAUUUAUGAAACGAUAAUAACACUUCCAAUAGAUGAAGACAGAAGAAAUAUGCACGUCAAGGAAGAAAUCGAGGAAAAAGCUACAACAUGGAAGUAUUGUAGAACUAGCAAAGAGGAAGACUUGUUAUUAUUAAAAAAAUACUUGAACUCUGCAGAAAAUAUACUACACAAAUCAUUUAACAAGAAAAUAAAAAAAAAUAAACAUGAGCAAAAACGUGAAAAACAAAUAGAUAAUUAUUAUAAUAAAAAAAAAAAUUGUACAGAUGACUUAAACAGUGUGAUAAAAAAAUUAACAGCAUUUGAUCUUACAGAAGCGUUAAGUGCAAAUGGAUUAAAAAAGAAACCCACUCAAACCCAUCUUACACCUGUGUAAAAAGGAAAUCUAAAAUAGUGUAUUGAGAUUAUUAAUUAUUGAAAUGAGAUAGAUUUGCAUUAUCACAUAUGAAUCUGGAUAAUGCAAAUCAAUUACUUUUCAUAUACAUUUCUGCCUUUGUACAAUAAAAUAUAAAUCAUAAUAAUGAAUAUAUGAAAGUAAUUUUGAAA